UACUAAACCCGUCUCACAGCAAGGGGAAGAUGACUGUUUUUUAGCGUUUUAGCGAAUGUAAAUGUAUGGACUAACUGUACCCGGUGUAUCCUGGAGGAAAUUAAUGAAUUCUUCUGUGGAAUACAACUAUUUUGGAGGACGCCUUACUCAUCUUCUUUUUCUUUUGGUUUAAAAAGAGACCCGCAGGGUUGUCGGGCCAGUGGGUCGUCAGGAGUUGGAACAACGGCGAGCUUCCUUUACUACUUUGCAUUCAAAUAAACUCUUCUUUUUAGCGGAUACCAGAUGGUAGGACACGUCUACGUUUACUGUUAGCUAUCAGUUUUGGGGUUAUCAUGACCCGAAGAGAAAGAGCUAUUCUCCGACCUGGCCAAAACAGUGUCAAAAGGCUAGGCUAGGUUUUGAUCCGAACUAUUAUGAAAGCUGUGUUGACCAAGCGGAUAUUUAUAACUAGCGUUAAUGGGACACCUACAGUAUGUUACUCAAAGGGCUAAUGCUAAAGUAAACUGUUCAACUAACUACUGCGACACUACUUUGGUGGUUUAAAGUUUAAUUCCUUUCUCAACUUUCUAAUUGAAUGCCCCUGGAUUCAGUAUGUCGUUUUUUAAUUUCCGUAAAAUAUUUAAAUUGGGAGCAGAGAAGAAGAAGAAACAGUAUGAACACGUGCGCAGAGAUGAAAAUCCGGAGGAAAUAUGGGAGAUAAUCGGUGAAUUAGGAGAUGGAGCCUUUGGGAAAGUGUUCAAGGCUCAGAACAAACAGACGGGAAUCCUAGCUGCAGCCAAAGUUAUUGACACAAAGACUGAGGAGGAGUUGGAGGACUACAUGGUGGAGAUUGACAUCCUGGCCUCCUGCGACCACCAAAACAUUGUCAAACUGCUCGACGCUUUCUAUUAUGAGAGCAAACUUUGGAUUCUCAUCGAGUUCUGUGCAGGAGGGGCUGUGGAUGCAGUCAUGCUCGAACUGGAGAGACCCCUGACAGAGCCUCAGAUCCGGGUGGUGUGCAAGCAGACCCUGGAGGCCCUCGUCUACCUCCACGAUAACAAAAUCAUCCACAGAGACCUGAAGGCUGGAAACAUCCUCCUCACGCUGGACGGUGAUGUCAAGCUGGCUGACUUUGGUGUGUCUGCCAAAAACACAAAAACCCUGCAGAGGAGAGACUCUUUUAUUGGAACGCCCUACUGGAUGGCUCCCGAGGUGGUGAUGUGCGAGACGUCCAAGGACCGUCCAUACGACUAUAAGGCUGAUAUCUGGUCCCUUGGGGUCACCUUGAUUGAGUUGGCACAGAUUGAGCCGCCCAAUCAUGAGAUGAACCCCAUGAGAGUCCUGCUGAAAAUAGCCAAGUCUGAUCCUCCCACUCUGAUGCAGCCGUCACGCUGGUCCCCAGAAUUCAGUGACUUCUUAAAGCGGUGUCUGGACAAGCAUGUGGACAACAGAUGGAAUCCAACACAGCUGCUGCAGCAUUCGUUUGUGUCCAGUGUGACAGACAGCAAGCCCCUUAGGGAGCUCAUAGCUGAGGCGAAGGCUGAGGUCACAGAGGAGAUUGAAGACCACAAGGAGGAAGAAGAGGAGGAAGAUACAGAAACACACUUGGGCCACAAACGCGCCCCCUCUGAUGUCAGUGUUGCCAGCUCAGAGGACGAGAAGAUCCCCCUCUCUCCUUCCAUCUUGGAAUCAGUCCCUGAGAAAGUUGAGCCAAUUGUGUCCGUGCCCGCACCCACUGAGCUCCCUGUGGCCAACCAUGUGGUGGAAACUAGCUUUGUUGAGGAGCCUGAUGUCCUUACACCUGAGGAGCACAAGGAGGAGACUGCAGUCACUUCAGCUGAGGAAGGAGAGGUAGAGAAGACACCAGUGGAGGAAGCGCCUCCAGAAGUAGGUGAAGAUGUUGCCUCCUCAGAACCAGAGACUGAACCCGAGGCACCCGCUAAGGAAAUGCAGCAGCUGGAGAUUGCAGUUGAGGAUGAAAAGGAAGUGGAUACAGCUGAGCUUCCAGCCACUCCACAGGCCAGCACAGAGAUUUCAGAGGUCACUGAGACUCCUCAGGUAGAAAAGGUGGCUGUUGUGGAGGAAUCAAACGUGCCAGCAGAGGAGGAGGAGGAGAAUGAGGAGGAGGACAGGUACAAAAAUCUCAAGGUGACAUUGACACUACCAGGGCAAGAAAAAGUUGUCCCAAAAGAAGAGGAUGGAGAGAAGCUCACAGAGAAGGAGAAAAUAAAUGCAGAAGAUGAGAAGACGGUUCCAGACAAAGCUAAGGAUGACAAGGAGAGAGACUCAGACUCGGGGAGUGGCUCUGCUGCAGAUAACAGCAGCGUAGACCUGAAUCUGUCCAUCUCAAGCUUUCUGUCCAAAACAAAAGAGCCUGGAUCUGUUUCCAUACAGCAGGACAACAAGCGUCAGAAGAAGACGUUGAAAAAGACUCGUAAAUUCAUCGUGGAUGGAGUGGAAGUUAGCGUGACCACAUCAAAGAUCAUCACUGACAAUGACACAAAGAACGAGGAGAUGAGAUUCCUGAGGCGCCAGGAGCUGAGGGAGCUGCGUCUCCUGCAGAAGGAGGAGCAGAGGGCCCAGCAGCAGCUCAGCAACAAACUGCAGCAGCAGAAAGAACAGAUCUACCGGCGCUUUGAACAGGAGACCACAAGUAAGAAGCGUCAGUACGACCAGGAGGUGGAGAACCUGGAGCGGCAGCAGAAGCAGACCAUCGAGAGGCUGGAGCAGGAGCACACCAACCGGCUCAGGGACGAGGCCAAGCGCAUCAAAGCCGAGCAGGACAAAGAACUCUCCAAGUACCAGAACAUGCUGAAAAACCGCAAGAAAGAGGAACAAGAGUUUCUUCAGAAGCAACAGCAGGAACUCGACAGCUCCCUGAAGAAGAUUAUCCAGCAACACAAACAUGAACUCGCUACCAUCGAGAGAGACUGCCUCAACCACAAGCAGCAGCUUCUCCGAGCUCGGGAGGCGGCCAUGUGGGAGCUGGAAGAGCGCCAUCUGCAGGAGAAACACCAGCUGUUCAAACAGCAGCUCAAAGACCAGUACUUCAUGCAGAGACAUCAGCUGCUGAAGAGACACGAGAAGGAAAUGGAGCAGAUGCAGCGCUACAACCAGCGUCUGAUCGAAGAGCUGAAGAACAAGCAGACGCAGGAGAAAACCAGACUGCCCAAGAUUCAGCGCAGCGAGGCAAAAACCCGCAUGGCCAUGUUCAAGAAGAGCCUUCGAAUCACCGGAGCUGCCAUUACCCCUGAGCAGGAGAGGGAGAAGGUCAAACAGUUUGCAGCCCAAGAAGAGAAGAGGCAGAAGAACGAGAGGCUCCAUCAGCACCAGAAACAUGAAAACCAGAUGAGAGACCUGCAGCUGCAGUGUGACGCCAACAUCCGAGAGCUUCAGCAGCUGCAGAACGAGAAGUGCCACCUGCUCAUCGAGCAUGAGACCCAGAAGCUGAAGGAGUUGGACGAGGAGCACAGCCUGGAGCUGAAGGAGUGGAGGGAGAAACUACGACCCAGGAAGAAGGCCCUGGAGGAGGAGUUUGCCAGGAAGCUGCAGGAACAGGAAGUGUUCUUCAAGAUGAGCGGAGAGUCGGAGUGCCUUAACCCCUCCACCCAGAGCCGCAUCUCCAAGUUCUACCCGAUCCCCAGCGUCCACUCCACAGGUUUCUAGUCGAAGCCUACGUUUAUACGCACAGACACACACAUAGUCCAAACAUGGACAUGAGCGCGCGCACAAAACCGACAGUAAAGACCGAGCCUGUGCUGCCUUGACCUCAGCCUCUGAAAAGUGUCGGAGGAUGUGAGAAGAUUUUCUGUUUCGGACUUUGUUCCUUAGUCUACUGCUCAGCUCUGCACAACUCAUCCGUCAUAUUUUCACACUAUUUCAGUUAUUUUGAAGGAUAAUUAUGAAGGAGAUUUUCAGCUUCAGUGUUUCCGUCAUCAUCUCAAAACCACUACAGUGAAGUAGCUCUUUGCAAAACCUUCUUUUUCAUGAUUGAAUUGUUCUUAUAAAGAAUACAGUGCCUGUAGAAUUGGACUUUUUUGGCUUUUAAUUCCAAGCAGUUUAUUAUAAUUGUUUGCUGCUUAAUUUUUCUCAUUUAGACAUUUGCACUAAAAAAAAAAAAAGCAUGGUGUUUUUAUACCACUUAAACAUAGAGCUGAUGAUGAUUUCAUUAAAUAUUAAAUAACAACCAUAUCAUUAAUAAUUGAUCAUAAAAUAGAAUGUAUUUCUGAUAAAUGAGACCGCACAUUUUUAAUAUCACUCUUGUUGAAUUAAUGAUGAUCCAGUAUAUUUUUACUAAAUCUCACAUGUCUUUUAGAAGUUUAGGCUGUGAUGAGUUUAAAGUAAAAAUAAUGCAUGAUUUCAAAGUAAGCUUUAGGAACUUUUUUCCAGCAGAAAUGAUUCCUUCUUUCAGGGUUUUUCUUCAGAUUGCCUUCCUGUCCGGAGCACAAGACUUGAGAUUACUAUUUUAGCAACAAGCAGCGGUGAAAACUUUAGUUUCUUAGUACAAUAGAGAUGGUGUUUACGUACAGAGACGAAGGAUCACUGUUAACGCGACACUAAGGAAAUCACUGUGGUGGCAGAAACAAAGACGUUUGAACUAGCAUUUAUGUAUCUGUGUGUUGGGCUGGUUUUUUUUUGUUUUUGUUUUUUUUUUUAGGUAACACCACUUUAUCAUUGUACAAGCUAAAGUGUGUCUGUAGGAGUCGUAUUCAUUGAUGUCAAUUCUGAAAAUUGUAUAACGUUUUGAAGAGUUUCUAAGACCCGAGUUUAAUGAAACUCAUGAAGCGAAUUCAAACUUAAAACAGCUUAAGUUAAACUAAUUUAAACAAAAACCACUUUGGCUUCGUUCACACUGCAAGCGUAAGUGCUCUUUUCAGAUUUGUUUUGUUUUGUUGGCUUUCACAAAACAAUUUACACUAAGCUUUUGCUAAAUAGUUAUCUGUAAUGUGGAUACAAUGACUGGAAAAAAACAGAAAACAGUCAGGUGAAUUUUUAAACAUUACAUCAAAUUACUGUAAUUCAGCCUUUAAAAC